GCCCCCGGCCCACGUGGGCUCGGCGCGCGUUCCGGGACCCAGGCAGAGCUCAGCGGCGGCGUUCCCGGAGCUGCUGCGACCAUGUCGGCCUCGGACGUCCGGAGCCGGCUCUGCCCCGACGACUUCUGCCCGGCCACGCCGCCCGCCGAGCCGCCGCCGCGCCUGGCCCUGGACGCCCUGCGGAAGCCCGGCACCGAGCUGUGGCUCAUCCGGACGCCCGCGGACUUCAGCCCGGCCAGCCUCAACGGAUGCAAGGUGCCUCUCGUGGGCUUCCAGACCGUGAAGAGCCAUCGGAACGAGGCCGGCGUCCGUCAGCGCUACCACGUCCUGAGCAACAGCGGCACCUGCCCCGAGACCCUGCUGGCCCCCUCAUCGUCGGCAGACGGCCAGCUGGUCCCGGCCCCCGCCCUGCAGGGCAUCCUGAGUGUCAUAGAAGUGCCCCGCGCCAAGUCCGGCCAGGCCCUCCAUGCCAUCCCCACCAGCCCCCCGCCGCAGAUCCCUCCCGGCCUGCGGCCCCGCUUCCAGGCCUUUGGGGGCCAGUCGCCCCUGCUGGGGCUCCCGGCUCAGGCAGCGGAGGCCAGGUCUCCCCGGAAAAGGAAGAAGCCUGAAUCGGCGGCUCUGACACCCAGUCCUGGGGAGGCUCUACCCGGACAGGGGGCGCUGAACUCUGCUCCAGGGCAGGAGAUGCCGGAGCCGACAGAGCAAGUACCAAUCCAAGAAGAUGUGGCAACCCCACUCCCCCUCAAGAAGAAGAAGAAGAAAAAGAAGAAGGAGCUGGAGGGAGAGAUGCUGGAGCCGGUGGGAGGAGAGCCAGAGCUGGCAGAAGCAUCAGUGCCGGCGGGAGGGAUGCUGGAGCCGGCAGGAGGGGCACUGGAGCUGGCAGGAGGAGCACCGGAGCCAGUGGGAGGGGUGCCAGAGCCAGCGGGAGGGGUGUCAGAGCUCGAGGGCAGAAUGAUGGAGCCCCAACAGGAGGUUAUUCUUUCACCCCCUAAGAAAAAGAAGAGCAAGAAGAAACAAGAGCUAGGAGAGAUGAUGGAGCUGGGGGAGAGGGCCCCGGUGUUGGGGGUCCAAAGUGACGUGUCGGGGGUUCAAAGUGACCUUCAAGAGGAGAAAGCCCCAUCCUCGGCCAAAAAGAAGAGCCGGAAGAGACAGGAGGCGGGAGGAGAGAUGCUCACGCCUGAGCAGACCAUGGGGCUGGAGGAGAUGGUGGACCCACCUCCCGCCAAGAGGAAGAAAGAAGAAGCAGAAGAGAUUCUGGAGGGGGCAGAGAUGGUCGAGUCCCUCGGGGAGGACGAGCCUUCACAUACCAAGAAAAAGAAGAAGAAGCGGAGGAAGGAGGCGGAGGGGGAAGCCCCCGAGCCACCACAGGAGAUGGGGUCCCUGGCAGAGGUCCCUGAGCCCAUCAUCCCGAGCCCCAGCCAGGGGGUGGAGGAGAAGAAGAAGAAAAAGAAGAAGAAGAAGUUGCAUCAGAAGGAGCUGGAGGCGGGGCAGGUCUAGGCAGAUGGACCAGCGGCCUUGCUCCUGCCAUGGUCAGGACCCCACUCCCCUCCCCCC